AUGUGUUUUGGGUGUGUUCCUUACCGCGCUUUGGUGAUCGAGGAUGACCCAAAGGAGCCACCGAAGAAGACCAGGCAGUGGUACAUGGUACGGCCUGGAGAUGGAUUCUACCCUGUCAAUUACUAUGAAUAUGGCACAAUCGAUCCAAGUCGCUCAAGAUAUUCGACCUGCCAGCAUAAUGAGCCAACCGUCUACACAUAUGUUCCCCCCCAGAUGCAGCAGAGUGUCCAUGUCGGCGCAGGCCAUCCUUCUGGCCCUCCUCCACCUCCAGCACCAGCUCCUAUCUUGCCUGGAGGCCCACCCAACGGUGGUAAUCCUCCACCUUCAAGACAGCCGCAAGCAGGGCAGGCUAUUCAGGUUCCAUACGCAUCUCCGGUACCUCUUCGCACUGGCUACCAGGUCCCAGCAGGUACAGUCCCCUGGAUUGGCCCAACCCGCGCGGAAGUUGACGCCCAAAACCUCGCAGUCGCAAGAGCCACUGGUGCAAUGAGGCCUCAGUCCAUGGUGCCAUACCGUCCGGCCGAGGGCCAGCAGUGGUGGUGCCGCGAGAUUGACGGCUCCUACUCUCUUCGAACCACGAAUGACAUCAUGGAGAACUUGCAGCCUGGAUACUGGGCAUACGCAUCCUCGGGGUAUCCUUAUUUCAUUCGCCAAGUUGCAGCUGCCUAG